GCGCCCGGCUCCUCUCGCUCUAUGGCGGCCGCCCGUGCGGGGCCGGCUGAGCUGGGCUUCGUGGAGGCGGCGCCGGCGUGGCGGCUGCGCAGCGAGCAGUUCCCAAGCAAGGUGGGCGGGCGGCCGGCGUGGCUGGGCGCGGCCGGGCUGCCGCGGCCCGAGGAGCUGGCCUGCGCGCUGUGCGGCCGCCCGCUGGCCUUCCUGCUGCAGCUGUACGCGCCGCUGCCCGACCGUGCCGACGCUUUCCACCGCGGCCUCUUCCUCUUCUGCUGCCGGGCGCCGCCGUGCUGUGCGGGCCUGCGCGUGUUUAGAAAUCAGCUACCCAGGAAAAAUGACUUUUACUCAUAUGAGCCACCUUCUGAGGAUCCUCCUCCAGAGACGGGAGAGUCUGUGUGCCUCCAGCUCAAGUCUGGUGCUCAUCUCUGCAGGGUUUGUGGCUGUUUAGGCCCCAAAACAUGCUCCAGAUGUCACGAGGCACAUUACUGCAGCAAGGAGCAUCAGACUCUAGACUGGAGAUUUGGGCAUAAGCAGGCUUGUACACAAUCAGAUUAUUUGGACAGAACAGUUCCAGACCACAGCUUCCUUUUUCCAGAAUUUGAAAUUGUAAUAGAAACAGAAGAUGAGAUUACACCUGAAGUUGUUGAAAAAGAAAAUGAAUCGGAAAUUAUAGGGAGCAUGGGUGAAGCACCUGAGGAAGAAUUGGAUUCCAUGGCAAAACACGAAUCCAAGGAAGAUAAAAUUUUCCAGAAGUUUAAAACUAAAAUAGCCCUUGAGCCAGAACAGGUUCUCAGAUACGGCAGAGGGAUUGCACCCAUCUGGAUCUCUGGUGAAAAUAUCCCUCAAGAAAAGGAUAUUCCAUAUUGCCCCUGUGGUGCCAAGAGAACAUUUGAAUUCCAGGUCAUGCCGCAGCUGCUCAACCACCUAAAGGCCGACAGACUGGGCAGGAGUGUCGACUGGGGUGUCCUGGCUGUCUUCACCUGUGCUGAAAGCUGUAGACUGGGGAUUGGCUACACAGAGGAAUUUGUUUGGAAGCAAGAUAUAACAAAUACACCCUAAAGAGAAUGUCGUAAAGCCUUAAAAAUGCUCAUAAUCUCUUAGACCUUGCAAGUCCAUUUCUAGGACUUUAUCCUAAGGAAAUAAUUAUAGCAGAGACAAAGGUACAAAGAUGUUGUUUUAGGUGAGUUUACAAUGUGUAAAUAUUAGUGCAACAAAAAUGUCUGGUGACAGGUAUUUAAAGAAAUUUUGGUGAAUCCCUACA